AUGAUGACAGGAGGUUCCCGGGUCGCCAACUUCACCAGAUCUCUGAGAUCAGGAAGCUGGAGGAAUGGUCAGGUAUCCAAAGUGACGGAUCACAAUGGCCAAGGCACAAAUGCCAUAUUCAAGAUCGAAUAUAUGACUGGUGAUCGAGUUUGGCUGCCACAUCACAAAGUCACCCAACUGGAAGCAGUCAGCCAAUACCUGGAGGCCCUAGGCGCUCCAGGGAUCCAACACCUACCCAAGAAAAUUUCGAACGCACCAACCAAUAUAGCGGUUGCUACUGUGCACUCAUUCCCUGAGGCUCGCCAUCAAGUAUCUCUCAUUGUUGGCCAAAUGCUCGACAAACUUCCCUCCCAGACUAACCCAAUUAGUCUCAAAGUCGAUGGACUUAAAACUCGAGGCGAUUGGACUACCCCCAACUCACGCGCCACCUUGUCUUACCCUAUGUCGAUGUCCGUCCCUGCCUCCCCUAACAAAUACGCACUCGGUGCAUUCACUUGGUUCUUCCAUGCUGAAGUGCAAGUGAAGGAACUCGCCACCAGGAAAGAGGCUCAUGCUUUCGAUCAGAUGCUAAAGUCUGAGAGGGAGCACAACUACUCAUGUCUGAGCCAGUUGCAUCGCGGAGCGAACCUGUCUAUCGACAACAGGAAUCAUCAGCGCGUCCCUCAAUCGCGAAACACCGCCCCAACUCAGAGAGUAACUCACCCUACUCCACCAUUAUCUACAGCCCAGGUGAUCUCUGCCACCAUCUCCUCAAAUUCCGCAGCGACUCCCCCCAUUGUUAAUUCUCCACCUCCUACUGACAACCCAGGACCCGACAUUCUUGACAUAAUCUCUGCUGGAGAGCAGUCCUACCUCAUGAACUCAGCUCACCCUCAUAGCAUGACUGAGUCAGAACUCUUUGGUAGAGUGGUCGUUUUGGGUCUUCUUGCUACCAAUGUACUUACUCUCCUCGCACUUAUAGCUGCGUUCGGAUCUAUGGAAGUGCAUUCCAAUCUUCUGUGUUAA